UUAUUUUUCAUUAAUGUGCUGGCAACGCGGUCUGUCAAGUAAUUUUUCGUGUGGAGCAUCCACCGUUUACACGUGGGCUUUUGCUUAGCGUAUUUAAUAACUAUAUUUUCCUGAUUAUUCUAUCUAAAUAUGGGCAAGCCCAGAGGUCUCCGCACCGCAAGAAAACAUAGAAAUCACAGACGGGAUCAGCGCUGGCACGACAAAGAUUACAAAAAGGCUCACUUGGGAACGAGAUGGAAAGCUAAUCCCUUUGGUGGAGCAUCUCAUGCUAAAGGGAUAGUUCUCGAAAAAGUUGGUGUUGAAGCCAAACAGCCCAAUUCUGCUAUCAGGAAGUGUGUUCGAGUACAGUUGAUCAAAAAUGGAAAGAAGAUUACUGCUUUUGUUCCCAGAGAUGGAUGCUUGAAUUUUAUAGAGGAAAACGAUGAAGUGUUGGUAGCAGGAUUUGGUAGGAAGGGUCAUGCUGUAGGUGAUAUCCCUGGAGUACGUUUCAAAGUUGUAAAAGUGGCUAAUGUAUCUCUUUUGGCUUUGUAUAAAGAAAAGAAAGAACGACCUAGAUCAUAACCUUUUUAAAUAAAUAAUGAACUG